GACGUAAUACACUGACUCGAGGAGAAGGGGGAGGACACGAACCUCAUUGAAAGCAGUCAGACCAGCCAGGCUCUCACAAUACAGCUUGGAAGGUGAUAGCAGCACUCUGAGCAGAGAGACCUCCUGCAUUGCUGGAAAGACCGUAUGCCUGCUUGUCUCACUUAGCUGCCUUUCUAGACAUCACAGAACUCCUAAGGCAACAAUGUAUCUGAACGGGAAAGUGGCCUUUGUGACCGGGGCAGCUCAAGGCAUUGGCAGAGCCAUGGUAGAGGAACUUCUACACAAGGGAGCUGCGGUGGUACUUGUGGACCUGAAUCGCAUAGCGGGUGAGCAGUGCAAAGCCUCUCUGGAUGAAGAAUUUGGAAGUCACAGAACCUUAUUUAUUCAAUGCGAUGUCACAGAUGAGAAACAGCUCAAAGCUGCCUUUCAAAAAACAAUGGAACAUUUUGGAAACUUGGACAUAUUGGUGAACAAUGCUGGAGUGAACAAUGAAAAAGACUGGGAGAAAACAAUUGAAGUUAACUUGAUUUCAGUUAUCAGAGGAACCUAUAUUGGUUUGGAACUUAUGAACGUGAAGAAUGGAGGUCGUGGAGGUGUUAUUAUCAACAUCUCGUCUUUAGCUGGUCUCACACCUGCUGCCUAUCAGCCAGUAUACUGUGCUUCAAAGCACGGCGUGAUUGGAUUCACAAGAUCAAUAGCUGCUCUUGCAUCUAUUGGAAAUUAUGGUGUACGGAUAAAUACAGUGUGCCCAGCAUUUGUUGAUACACCACUUUUGGAAUCCAUUGAAAAGGAAGAAAACAUGGGAGAGUUUUACAAAUACAAGGAUAACAUAAAAGAUAUGAUGAAAUCCUUUGGAGUGUUAGAUCCAUCGCUGAUUGCCAAAGGACUGAUCGACCUUAUAGAAGAUGAUUCUUUUAAUGGUGCAGUAAUGAAAAUUACCACUUCCCGGGGAAUCCACUUUGAAGAGUAUGCAGCACAUCAAAAAACAAAAGUUUAACUCUAGUUCUUUUAUGCCAUUUUCUCCAGUCUUAAAUAUGCUAUUUGUACAGAAGGUUUAAAGGGACAGUCUAGGUUGGAUUUGGUCCUUUCUUUUUGAUGCAUUAAAAAUGCAAAAGCAGUACAUUUUGAAGCAAGAAGGGAACCACUGUUAGUUGAGAGAAGGUGGUAGAAAGGGUGGACGUAUGAUGCAAAGCUAAUUUUCAUUUCAUUAAAAGAAAACAAAACCGCAAACCUAAAUGUAACAUAAAACAUACAGUGCACCUUGAAAUAUCAAUGAAUAAAAAAAAAUAAGUUAUGCAUGAUUUAAAAAGCAAGAUCUGAAAUCAAAAUUGUAUCCUAAACACUGGAAAAUAUAAUGCACAGAAAGAACAACAAGUCCAGAAAUAAAUGGAAAAGAUAAUUUUAGAUCCAUUGAUUAUGUUUUUCUUUGUGAAAUUGUGCUAUGUUGUGAAACACAGAAGGCAACUAGUAUUAGAAAAUGCAGUAGUAAAUGGUAAAAUCAAUAUACAUUUGUUGAAUAUUAUAGUUAAUCUUGUACAGAGAUGUAAAUUAUAUUCUUAGUUUUGUAAAAAUGUAUUGUAAAUUUGGGCUUUUUCUUUUAAUUUCAAUAAUUAAAUUUUUAAUUUUGUAUUUUUAUAUGAAACUGUGACUUCCAUUUUAUCGCAUAU